AUGCGUUUCACUCUCUCAUUCAUCGCGGCGACUGCGUCCGGCUCCGCGGUAAUUGCGGAAUCAACAGCUGCCCAUGCAAAACCUGCAACGAUCCCUGGGCCAGAAAUUACAGCUCAACCACUUGAGCCGCGAGACCUCAUUGGAGAUCCUACUCAAUGGUACCAGGUGCAGACUACUGCUAAACCUGACGAUUCCCUCUUGAUCGGUUUGCGCAACUUUACUCAGCGGAAUGGUGAUGUUGAUACAUACUAUUUUGAGUGUAUCAAUGCACCGUAUACAGUUGUCUCCGGGUAUGGAGGCUGCGGCCGUGACGAUUUGUACACCUCCUGCUCCAGUAACGUGGCUGCCGGUAUCGAUGGCGACAGAAUCAUCUGCACGAAACGAGGUUCUAUUUGCGUCACAUAUAGCAUCUUCGAUGAUUUGGAUGCCACCACGUUCACACCCUUCCUUGGUUGUGGUGACCAGGGAGCUACGAACCUCGAGCUCGCUCGCACUUGGACGGGCUCUGCAGAUGCUCAAGCAACAAAGCCGCCAGGGUCGACUUUGGAUAUUAGCCCUACUUCGGAUUCUGGCGAGGUUCAGAGUAGUGGUACGGCUGAUGCAGAGCCAACGGAGACUAACGCCGGUUUCAGAAAGGGACCUACUGCUUAUCUACAAGUUUGGAUGGGACUCUUAUUGGUUGGUGCAUUGGUCUAA